AAGCGGAUACAGGCCCUUCUUGGCUGCAGUCAGCGCUUUCCAUCCGGAAGUAUUUUGGAGACGCACACAUUAUAAUGGCAUCAUGUUCGUUAAAUAGCGCGUUUGUUGACGAUAUUAAUGAUCCGGGAGCCGCUCCCUAUGGCAACUUUAUAAAUUAUUACACAUUUAAUCCUCCGGAGAACCGUUUGAGCCUGAUUCCGACCACACUCCUUCAGGAUAUUGGCUACAGCGAUCGCCAUCAACCUACACUGAUCCUGGACGUGGGAUGUAAUUCAGGGGAACUGAGUGUAGCUUUUUACAAGCAUCUGGUGCAGGAGCCUGAAUCAGAUGGAAGUAAAGUUCAUCUCCUGGGUUUAGACUUGGAUGAGGGCCUCAUUCAGCGGGCUCAGCAGACCAACCCUCUGCUCAGCAACAUCUCCUUCAUUUCUCUGGACAUCACUGCAGCCACUGACCAACUGCAGGAUUACCUCAACCAGCACAGCUGCUCCAGCUUCCACCUGUGUUUGUGUCUGGCUGUUACCAUGUGGGUCCAUUUGAACCACGGAGACUCUGGCCUGCUACAGCUGCUUUCUCGCUUGGCCUCUAUCAGCCAGCACCUCCUGAUGGAGGCCCAGCCCUGGAAGUGCUAUCGCUCUGCAGCCCGGCGGCUGAGGAAGCUGGGUCGCUCAGACUUUGACCACUUUAAGACUUUGAAGAUUCGUGGGGAUAUAGCAAAAUGUGUGAGGGAGCAUCUGGAGAGACACUGUGGCAUGAAGCUUAUUCAUAGCUUUGGCCGCACUGCAUGGGACAGAAAACUGCUGCUCUUCAAAAAAAGCUAAGACUGAAGGACAAUGUUAAGCUUUAAUUUGUAGCAGGGAGAUGAUCAGGAUGACAAAAAACAAAGAAAAAAAAUGUUGUUUAAAGGUUGAAAUGUGGAGUUGGAUUACUUGGUUGACAUUACUCAUCAUUUUGGGUAAUUCAUUUAUGGUUGAAAUAACUUACAAAGAAAAUGUCAAAUGUACCGUUUCCAGCUUCUGAAAUACGAAGAGUUAUACUUAUUGUCUUAAACUCUAGGAAAUAGUGCAUGUCCUUGGGUUUUGUACUCUUGAUUUGGCAAAUGAAUUAUUUUUGAAGACAACACCUUGGGCUGUGGAAACGGCCGAUAAACUUUAUUUUACUAUGUAGUGACAUUUUAUAGCCCAAACUAUUAGUCUGUAAAUUGAUAAAACUGGCAGUUUAAGCUUUAUGCAAUUUAGUUAUUAUAGAGAAAUGUUUGCCUGUGUCAGACAAUAGUUAAAAAUAUUUAACUAUCUUUUGUUUGACCCAAAAUCCAAAGAUACUCAGUUUAUACUGGUAUUAAAUCUUCACACCAAAGAAGGAACCAAGCAAUGCUUAGAAUCUGUACUUGACAAAAUGAAUAAAUCACCUAAUCAAAUUACUGAAUAAUCAAUAUUGCCAAUUCAGUUGCCACUGCAAUGACAAUGUGUUCCAGCUCUAGAAGAACUGGGAGCUGUGGUAUAUGGAAUUAAAUUAUUUGUAUAGCACCAGUUCACAACAACAAUCAUCUCAGGGCACUUUACACAGUGAGGUCUAGACCUUAGGAGUUUUAUACGGAAAACCCCACAAAUCCCCCCUGAGCAAUCACUUGGCGACAGUGGAGAGAAAAAAACUCCCUUUAACUGAAGAAACCUCCAACAGACCCUGGCUCUUGGUGGACGGCCUCCAGCCUCAAAUGGUUGGGAUGAGUGGAUAGAGGAAAGAGAAAAGAAAAGUAUCAGGGCACAACAAACACUGGGCAGGUUAAUGUGGUCAGUGACUGCUCAACAGAAACAUGGAGCACCGGGGCCAGGGAUACCUGCAGAAAGGUACGAGAGAGAGAGAGAGGACACUACAGGA